AAAAAAAGCUAAAGAAGAAGAAGAAGAGGAGCGUGUGACGCCAUCGCGUUGUUGUUUGUCAGUCGCUGUACGUGUCAGGGAGGCGUUGAUUCCGAGUCCAGGCCUUCUGAGAACAGACGGGAAGACGCACACUCUCACAUCUUAUGGUAGUUUCCUGAGAUCAUUGAAGCAGCAGAAAAAUGAACGUGUUUGAUCGCACCAUAAACUUUGACGCUCUCUUGAAGUUCUCUCAAAUCUCUCGCUCGACUCAGCAGCACCUGAAGAAUGUCUACGCCAGUCUGGCUGUGUGUAUGCUGGUGGCGGCCGCUGGCUCCUACAUCUUCAUCAUCACAAGACUGUUUCCGGGUUGGCUGACCAUGCUUGGAUCACUGGCUAUGAUGGGUUGGCUUGCCAUGACUCCUCACAGCCCUCAGACAGAGAAGAAGAGGUUGGGCAUCCUCGCUGCUUUUGCUUUCUUCACAGGUCUUGGACUUGGCCCGCUCAUGGACUACGUCAUUAGCGUCAACCCAAGCAUCAUCCUGACUGCUUUCCUGGGCACCUCUGUCAUCUUUGCCUGCUUCACGUUGAGCGCUCUCUAUGCAAAGCGCAGAAGUUAUCUCUUCUUGGGAGGCACACUGAUGUCAGGGCUGACUGUUCUUCUGCUCGUCUCUGUCUUCAAUAUGUUCUUCGCCUCAGAAAUACUCUUCAAGGCUCAUGUGUAUCUGGGUCUGGCCAUCAUGUGUGGCUUUGUGCUGUUUGACACACAGCUAAUUAUUGAGAAGGCAGAAAUGGGAGACAAAGAUUACAUCUGGCAUUGUGUUGACCUCUUCCUGGACUUUGUGACCAUCUUCAGAAAGCUUGUUAUCAUCCUCUCUAUGAAUGAGAAGGAAAAGAAGAAGGAGAAAAAGUAAUUUUCAUAGAGUGAAAACAUCUGUGAGCUGAAUACAUGUCAGCAGCUUCAUUAUGAAUCUGAUUACAUAGUUUGAUUAUAUUUUGUGUGAUUUGAUAGUGUCUUAAUUUU